AAAGACCAGCAGGCAGUGCGCGGAGAGGCGGAUAAGCGAGACACAACCUGUGCCGGUGCGCAUCUUUCCAAACUUCUCUAGCGCCGCCAAAGAGCUCGGAGUCAAACAGUAACACCAGGGCUGAAGAUCAGCACUGCGCGCCAUGAAUAACAAGACUCUGAAUUUAAACACGAGUCCGCCGCGGGUCGGCGACUCCGGAACUGUGGAUCAUGAACUCGUUAUCACCUCCACUUUCGGGACGCUUCUCUCUGUUGUCUACAUAAUCGGAGUGUCGGGGAACGUGUACACGCUGGUGGUGAUGUGUCACUCCAUCCGCUUCGCCACUUCUAUGUAUAUCUCCAUCAUCAACCUGGCUCUGGCAGACCUCCUCUACCUCUCCACCAUCCCCUUCGUGGUUUCCACUUACUUCCUAAAGGACUGGUACUUCGGGGAUGUGGGCUGCCGCAUCCUACUCAGCCUGGACCUCCUCACCAUGCACGCCAGCAUCUUCACCCUCACUGUCAUGUGCACGGAGCGCUACCUGGCCGUGACCAAGCCACUGGACACAGUGAGGCGCUCAAAGAGUUACCGCAAAGCUCUGGCGUGGGGAGUGUGGCUGCUGUCUCUGGUGCUCACUGUGCCCAUGAUGAUUAUGGUCGCCCAGACCACUAAGAACACUCGGGAUGGGGGUAUUAAAAGGAUGUGCGCACCCACAUGGGCGCCCCUGGCUUACAAAGUAUACGUGACUGUCCUGUUUGGCACCAGCAUCAUGGCACCGGGGCUCAUUAUCGGCUACCUGUAUGUCAAGUUGGCUCGCACUUAUUUAGAGUCCCAGAGAAACUCUGUGAUCAGCAAAGGCGGGAAGAGAUCACCUAAACACAAAGUGCUGAUCAUGAUUUUCACGAUCGUAUUGGUGUUCUGGGCGUGUUUCCUGCCGUUCUGGGUCUGGCAGCUGCUGCCUCUGUACCACACCAAACCGCUGAGUCUGGCCUCGCAGACACACACCUGCAUUAACUACCUGGUGGCAAGUCUCACAUACAGCAACAGCUGCAUAAACCCCUUCCUGUACACGCUGCUCACCAAGAACUACAGGGAGUACCUGAAGAACAGGCACAAGAGCUUCUACAGAUACACGUCCUCCUUUAAGCAGCGACCGCCCAGCCUCUACUCCUGGGGGAAGUCAGCGUCCUCCAGCAAUCAGUUCGAGUUCAACUCUGAGACUCUGGUCAUGGGGACACUGAAGUGACUCGCAUGUUGAGUGUAAAAGAGGAGACAACUUCUGGAGACAACACCGCAGCAGGGCUUGUCCAAGCCAGUGGUCAGCGGUGUUAUCCAUCAACCAGUGGAUACCUCAGGGCAGGGCGGGAUCAGAGAUGCCGUGUGCAGGGUCGCAGGUGAAGGACACAGUGAUGGCGUAGCGGGUCCCCCACGUCACCUUCUCCACCCGGUGGAGGUUCUCUGAGCCAGAAGAGAAGAACGAGACUCGUCCUGGGCAAAGAAACAAUGAGAAGGACUCUUGAUUUAAAGGAGCAUUUCAACAUCUUAUUGUCUUUCCAGGGCUGCACAGUGGUAUAGUGGUCAGCACUUUCACCUUGCAGCAAGAGGAUCCCCGGUUCAGAUCCCAGCCUGGGCAUGGGAUCUUUCUGCAUGGAGUUUGCAUGUUCUCCCUGUGCAUGCGUGAGUUUUCUCCGGGCACUCCGGCUUCCUCCCACAGUCCAAAAAUAUGCUGAGCUUAAAUGGUUACUCUAAAUUGUCCGUAGGUGUGAAUGGGAGUGUGAUUGUUUGUCUGUAUAUGUAGCCCUGCGACAGACUGGCGACCUGUCCAGGGUGUCCCCUGCCUUCGCCCGAGUCAGCUGAGAUAGGCUCCAGCACCCCCCGUGACCCGAGUGAGGAUAAAGCAGUGUAUAGAGAAUGGAUGAAUGGAUUGUCUUUCUAAGACCGAGAUGAGUAGACUAACAUGAACAUAGUGUUUGUUACAUACACAUCUGGAGUCAGGAAGUAGUUGCCAGAGCUGUGGAGGUGAGGGAAGACUAAUCAUAUGAUGGUCUGUUAAGUAAGGAUAGACCGACAAUCAGCCUGGCAGAUUACAGUAGGUCCUCAGUUUAUGACGUACUCGACCUAUGGUGUUUCGUGGUUAUGUCAACAUUUAUUAAUACAGUCCUGUUCCAUCAUUUCGACGUACAGUGUCUACGUCCUUAAGAUACAUUAUGCAUGGGAACUAGCUGGCAAACAGAGCGAACGAAUACGUUGUCACGUGGCUCUAUAUAAGGAAGACGGCUUUGUUUACAUUCGCCAAUUGUACCCCACAUUGGAUUGUUCUACAUAUACAUUAUUCCAUAAGCCACUUUUUCCAUCCUUCACUCUUGUACAUAUUGUAAAUAUUAUUAUGACUAUAACUAUAUUGUUGUUUAUUGUUGCUCUUACUGUAUGCUGUAACAUGGGAAAUUUCCUAUGACAUGGGGAGUAAUAAAGGAUUAUCUUAUCUUA